AUGUCAUCGAUAGCAGCCGCAGAUAAUUCCAAUGCGAAUAAAAGCCGAUCGAAACUCUUGCUAUCCUCACGCGAUUGGGAUACAUUAGUUACAGAUCGAAGUAAAUUACGAAAAGAGAACACUACUUUAUCACGCGGUGGUAUUUCUGAACGACGAGUCCACACUCGUGUUGGCACUUAUCACACCGAUCGCAGUCGACGUGAUGUAUAUGGAAAUUCUGAAUUUGGCGAAUCGAGUGAAGAUGAUGAUGAACAAGAUGAUCAGUUACUAGAUCGUACACGACAAGAUCAAACUGAUUUACCAUCGGAAUAUUGGCAAAUUCAACGAUUAGUCAAAUAUCUAAAAGGCGGAAAUCCAACGGCAACCGUCAUUGCGUUGUCAUCGAUUCGAGAUUUCAAUUUGUCAAUGGAUAUAUGUCAACUAGCUAUACGAGAUGCCGGUGGAUUGGAAGUGCUUGCGAAUUUACUGGAAACCGACAAUUUGGACUGCAAAAUCGGUUCAUUACAUAUUCUAAAAGAGAUUUCGAAAAAUCCGACGAUUCGGAGAAAUAUCGCAGAUCUUGGUGGAUUGCAAACGAUGAUUGCAUUACUCGACGAACCAGAAAAAGAAUUGAAAUGUCUUGCUGCUGAAAAUAUUGCUCAUGUGGCUAAGUUCAAACGCGCUCGGAAAGUCGUUCGACAGAACGGUGGAAUCAAGCGUUUAGUUGGUCUCCUAGAAACUGCUUCUCCGAAUGCGUACGGAUCAAUGACGCAUUAUUCGCAAAAUGACAUUGCCAAGAAUGUCGAAGUCGCUCGUGCGGGUGCAUUAGCACUUUGGAGUUUAAGUCGAUCUGAUCGGAACAAACAAGCAAUGGAACGUGCCGGUGUGAUUCCUCUUUUGGCAAAAUUACUCAAAAGUUCCAAUGAAACAAUGCUCAUACCCGUCGGCGGUAUUAUUGAAGAAUGUGCUGUUGAUCCUGUGUAUCGAACAGCCAUACGAGGAAUGAUUCCAGAUCUAGUGAAAAAUUUACAGAGUAACAAUGCUGAACUGCAGAAACAUUGUGCCAGUGCGAUUUUCAAGUGUGCCGAAGAUAAAGAAAUACGUGCUUUAGUACGCAAACAUAUGGGACUUCGCCCCUUACAUGAUCUUCUACAACAAACAGAUAAUAAAGCAUUGCUAGCAGCAGCAACAGGUGCGAUUUGGAAAUGUGCAAUUUCUCGCGAGAAUAUUGCUCAAUUUCAACAAUUUCGCACCUUGGAUACCCUCGUACAAAUGCUGAACAAUCAACCCGAAGAAGUAUUAGUGAACGUCGUUGGCGCUAUAGCUGAAUGUGCUAAGGAAGCCGACAAUCGAACUUUAAUUCGAAAAGCAAAUGGAAUUUCCUUCUUAGUCAAUUUAUUAACUGGAACAAAUCAAGGUUUACUGGUCAAUACAUGUCAUGCACUACGACAGUGUAGUGAAGAGCCUGAAAGCAUUGCAAUGAUUGAUCGAUUGGACGGUGUUCGUUUGUUAUGGUCGUUGUUGAAAAAUCCCAAUCCUCGGGUACAAGCGGCAGCAUCAUGGGCGAUAUCUCCAUGUGUUAAAAAUAUCAAAGAUUCUGGUGAAAUGGUUCGAAGUUUCGUCGGUGGUCUUGAACUGAUCGUAUCGCUGUUGAAAUCAAAGGAUGUCGAAGUACUCGCCAGUGUUUGUGCGGCCAUUGCUGAAAUCGCGAGAGAUGAAGAGAAUCUCGCCGUUAUUACCGAUCAUGGCGUUGUUAAACUUCUAUCGAAUUUGGUGACACGAAAUGAAGAUAUUCUUCGUCGUUACUUGGCCGAAGCCAUAGCCGAAUGUUGUAAAUGGGGAAAUAAUCGUCAAACUUUUGGUGACAACGAAGCCGUUGCGCCGCUGGUCAAAUAUUUGAAAUCAUCCGAUCCGAACGUUCAUCGAUCAACCGCGAAAGCAUUACAUCAGCUAUCGAAGAAUCCCAUGAAUUGUGUUACAAUGCACGAGGCUGGCGUUGUACGAUUAUUAAUGGAAAUGGUCGGUUCGAAAGACGAAGUUCUCCAAGAAAAUGCCGCGAUUUGCAUUUCAUACAUUCGUCGCUUAGCUUUGGCAAAUGAGAAAUCACGAAACGGUUGA